AUGCGGCGGAUAAAUAGAACACAAUCAAGCCCCUGUGUCUUUUUAGUAUUGGCCUUUAUGUGCAUUACCAGCACAGCGAUCAAACCGCUACAUGCUGUUCAACUUGGCGAUCCCGAUGCAGUGAUCACGCUAUAUAAUGUGGCUCCAGCCGACGACUUGGGUAUCUAUCGGUAUGCUUACUCGACGAGUAACGGUAUUGCAGUACAGGCCGCUGGCAGCGCACUGGAAGCUAUAGGCAUAUUUAGCUACACCUCACCCGAGGGCAUACCAAUCGAAGUGCGUUACAUUGCUGAUGAACUGGGCUUCCAUGCUGUUGGACGUCAUCUACCCCGACCGCCACCAAUACCAGACUACAUACUUCGUUCGCUCGAGUAUAUACGCACGCAUCCGAAUGAAGAGGAUCGUGGCCGUUACAGGGUCUACAAAUAA